AUGGAGAAGGUCCUGGUCCUUCUGCUCAUUGCCCUCUCAGUGGCCUAUGCAGCUCCCGACCCCCGGGGGAUCAUCGUCAGCCUGGAUGAGGGUGAGCUCUGCCUGAAUAGUGCCCAAUGCAAGAGCAAGUGCUGUCACCGUACAAGCGGAUUGAGCCUGGCCCGCUGUGCACCCAAGGCCAGUGAGAACAGUGAGUGCUCUGUCAAGACACUCUAUGGGGUUUACUACAAGUGUCCCUGUGAGCGAGGCCUGACCUGCGAGGGGGACAAGAGCAUUGUGGGCGCCAUCACCAACACCAACUUUGGCACCUGCCAUGAUGCUGGGCGCUCCAAGCAGUGAGACCACCCAACCACUCCUGCUCCCAGCCCAGAACACUGCAGGAUGCUAGGCCUAGGGCCACCUCUCUCCUCCUCUACCACCUCUCCCUGGCUGGCCACCUCCCUGACCAGCA